AUGGGAGAUAAUAAUGUGGAUGUCCAAGGAACAUCUAAGUAUAAAAUAAAGUUAAAAUAUGGUGGCUAUUUUCGGUUAGUGAAGAACUCAUCUAGGAAACAGUAUUGUUUUGGUUUUCAAAAAUGUAUCUAUUUUGACAAAUACACAUACCACUAUGAUGAUUUAGUGGAAGAGAUUUCAAAUCAUUACCCGGGAAAUAGAGAUCUCGUUUUCUCAAUUUGUUUUGUUGACAAGAAUGCCAUGGAGCAAUCCUUUAUUAAGCUUGAUUCUCAUGACAACUUGCAAUUGAUGCUUGAUAUGGUUCAAGAUAAAGUUGUUAAUGAAACACACGAGGAAGAAUCUGAAUACUCAUUAAGCAAUGAAAGUUAUCAUAGUCGUUAUAGUAUCGAUAAUGAAGUCGAGCUGCAAAGUUCUGAAGAGGAAGAAACGUAUAGCAAGAAAACUCCAACCAUCAAAGUAAACUCAACAUUUGAUAAUGUAGUCGUGUUUAGAAGGGCGUUGAUCCAAUAUGCAAUAACAAAUGAAUUUCAAUACUUUGUUGAGAAGAGUGAACCCACACGAGUCACGGCAAGAUGUUCAAACUUAGAAUGCAAAUGGAGAAUACACGCUUCUGUCAAGCAAGAUGGAAUCACAUUUGAGGUUACGACGUUCGUAGAAGCACAUUCUUGCACUCGAAGCAACAAGGGUGGUAACAAGCUUGCAAGUCAAGGAUGGAUUGCUAGUGUGAUUAGAGAUAAGCUAAAAUCAGAUGGGGAUGUCCCUAUUCCAAAACUUCAAAAGUGGGUUAUGAAAAAGUAUAACGUUGAUGUAUCAUACAUGAAAGUGUUUAGAGGGAAAGAACAAGCUUACAAUGAAAUAUAUGGCAAGUGGGAUGACUCCUUCAUGAAGAUAAAUGAUUACAAAGAAGAACUACUAAGGAGAAACCCGGGUAGUGUUGUGGACAUUGACUUUGAAACAGAAGCUUGCUCGAAGGGGUUUCGCGAUGGUUGUCGUCCCUACAUAACUCUUGAUGUCUGCCAUCUAAAAGGAAAGUUCAAUGGGGUACUAGUCGCUGCCACAAGUGUAGACGGUAACAAUUCCAUUUUUCCAGUGGCCUAUGGUGUACUUGAAUCUGAGAAUAAAACUUCAUGGAUAUGGUUCCUUGACUUACUUAAGAAAGCAAUUGGCACGCCAGAUGGUCUUGUCAUCUCAUCUGACAUGCAAAAAGGUUUGGACGUUGCAAUUACACAAAUUUACCCUAAUGUAGAGCAUAGAGAAUAUGAAAUUGCUGAAGUGAACAAGGAUGCAGUUAAAUAUCUUAAUGUAAACCACCAGAAGAUAUGGAGCCGUUGCAAGUUUGGGACAAUAUCCAAAUGUGAUUAUAUUACUAACAACAUUUCAGAGGCUUUUAAUUCUUGGAUAGGUGAUGUGCGUUAUCAACCAGUGCUUGACCUUCUUGAUUCCAUUAGGGAGAAGAUUAUGAUACGGCUAGACAAGAAACGAAGGAUUCUAAAGAAAUGGAAGGGUGCAUUAGUACCUAAUACUAAAAGUUAUCUCAACCAAAUCUCUAAGAAAUUGGGUGAGUACGAAGUUUGUAGAAGUGGUGAAAAUCGAGCCGAAGUGAAACGCAAUGAAAAGCGAUGGAAGGUAUCACUUGAGGAACGUAGUUGCACCUGUCGGGUUUGGCAAGUUAAAGGGGUUCCGUGUUAUCAUGCAGCUGCUUUUAUCGCUUUCAAUAGGGAGGUAAACUGGGAUAAAUAUUUUGAUUCCUAUUACACUAUCGAGAAAUAUAAAGCGGCUUAUGCUCUAGAAGUUGCUCCGAUGCAUGCAAAGGACCAAUGGGUACACAUUGAUACUGAGGAGAAGAUACACCCGCUUGCUAUUAAACGUCCUCCUGGAAGACCAAGAAAGAAUAGGAUUAAAGGACAUGACGAGUCAUCAAAAAAAAGACAUAAAUGUCCACGUUGUGGUAAGUAUGGACACCAUGAGAAGACAUGCAAAAAUACGGUUUCUGGAGAUUCUAAUCAACAUUUACCAUCAAGUAAAAAAGGACGAGGAAAGAAUACAAAGGCUCAUCAAAGUUGA